AUGGAGGAAGAGUACACUUUCAACAUAGAGAAGGUGUCGCCGAUAUGGAUCAUCACGGCACUUUGCGUGGUGCCAUUUGGCAUGUAUCAACUGCUCAACCUUCUUAGCCCGUUGAUGCAGCGGUUCACGGCUAUGAAGAUCUCAGCGUCCCUGCGGGCCGUCAAGGUCACCGAAGCCGUUGCCACCGCUCAUGGUUUCAAGCACGACCGCUCCUUCAUGCUACUCCAAAAAACCGAAGAAGGCUACAAGAACAUGGCGGUAGCCAAAUACCCCGAGAUGACGCAAUUCCUGCAAGAAAUGACUAGCGACACCAUCACUGUCAAACACAUCGCGUACGGCGUCUCAUCAAAGGCAACAUCGAUUCAAAUUCCACUAGAACCCGACACAGAGAAACUAUCCCCCAUCAACAUCGACAUGCACUCCAGCCCCACGUCCGCCUUCCUAAUGCCCCAAAAGUACAACGACUGGUUCACAUCUUGCUUCGGCUACCCAGUCAUCUUCGUCUACUUAGGAGCCAACCGACGCACCGUUCAAUUCCAAGACAUGCAACCCGCGGAACCCUCGCCACUAACCCGUUUUCUCUCCAAGUACGUCCCGUUUACUACUUCCUACGUCGAGAAAGCAAUGGGCCUGCACAAACCAUCAGCAGAAGAUUCCUGGAAGAUCACUUUCGCAGACUGCGCCCCGUAUCUCUUCUGUUCGCAGACGAGUCUCGAUGAUGUUUCGUCCCGGCUACCUGAGGGAAUGGCCAUGGAUAUCGAGAAGUUCCGUCCUAAUAUCGUGGUGGAGGGCGCGUAUGAACCGUAUGAAGAAGAUUACUGGGGUAAAGUUACGGUAAAAGGGGGUACGGAGAUCCUUCUUCCGCAUAACUGUGUGAGGUGCAAGAGUAUCAAUAUUGACUACAAGACGGGGAAACCGGGGGAAGGCCCGAGUGGGGAGGUACUGAAAAGGUUGCAGAAGGAUCGCAGGAUUGAUGUAGGAGCGAAGUGGAGUCCGGUGUUUGGGCGGUAUGGGUUUUGGGGGAAGGGCAGGGAGGAGGUGUGGAGGGUGGGGGAUCGGGUCAAUGUUACCAAGGUUAAUGAUGGGCCGACGGUUUGGAGUUGGCCUGGUGUCGGAUAG